GCGCAUGCUCAGUAGGCGCGGGGAGCCUGGGUGCUGAUGCUGAUUCAGGAUGCGGGUGAAGCGAGACGGAGGUUGAGGUGGGAAUGCUGCAGCGUCCAGCACGACACAAUGCCCCGUGUUCCUCAAACCUCUGGCUCUGAAACCCUCCUGCGGACACUGGAGAGCAGGUGAAUGGCAGGAUUGUGUGAAGAUCUGGCCAGCUGAUGCAGCGUGUAGGAGUGGACUGUGACGAAAACAUGAAUGGUGCAGGAGAGCAGGUGGACAUCCUGCCCCAAAACUGCAUGGUCAAAGAGCGUUGGAAAGUGUUAAAGAAGAUUGGAGGAGGGGGAUUCGGGGAGAUCUACGAGGCGUUGGACUUGUUGACCCGGGAGAAUGUGGCUCUGAAGGUGGAGUCGGCACAGCAGCCCAAACAAGUGCUGAAGAUGGAGGUGGCGGUGCUGAAGAAACUACAGGGGAAGAAUCAUGUGUGUAAGUUUAUCGGCUGUGGAAGAAACGAGAAGUUCAAUUAUGUGGUCAUGCAGCUACAGGGGAGGAACCUUGCUGAUUUGAGGCGGAGUCAACCUCAUGGAACCUUCUCCAUGAGUACUACACUGCGUUUAGGGAAACAGAUCCUGGAGUCCAUCGAGGCCAUUCACUCUGUCGGCUUCCUGCACCGAGACAUCAAACCUUCGAACUUUGCCAUGGGUCGGCUGCCGUCCACCUACAGGAAGUGCUACAUGCUGGACUUCGGGCUCGCUCGUCAGUACACUAACACUAACGGGGAAGUGCGGCCUCCGAGAACAGUGGCAGGAUUUCGGGGAACGGUGCGCUACGCUUCAGUCAACGCUCACAAGAACAAAGAAAUGGGACGUCAUGAUGACCUGUGGUCGUUGUUCUACAUGCUGGUGGAGUUUACUGUGGGUCAGUUACCCUGGAGGAAGAUCAAAGACAAGGAACAGGUCGGUCAGAUUAAAGAGCGUUAUGAACACAAGAUGCUGCUGAAGCACAUGCCUUCUGAGUUUUAUAUUUUUCUGGACCAUGUGAUCAGCCUGGAUUAUUACACCAAACCUGAUUACCAGUUGUUGAUGUCAGUGUUUGAGAACAGCAUGAAGAAGAGAAUGAUUACAGAAAACGAGCCGUUUGAUUGGGAGAAAUCAGGAACUGAUUUGUCAUCGAACAGCAUGGCCACGCCUCCUCAACAAAACACACGGCAAACUGCAGCGAUAGUUGGUGUGGUGAACGUGACACCGGUUCCUGGAGAGUUACCGAGGGAGAAUACAGACGACGUGCUUCAGGAUGAACACCUGAGCGAUCAGGAGAACGCCCCACCCGUGCUGUUACCCAUAAGGCCUGGCGAGGUGGCUCUGGUGCCCCCUGGUGGAGAGGCAUGGGAUGAUACUGACUUCAAUCGCAACAAACUCAGGAUCAGCAUCAGUAAGACCCAGGUAACUGCAGAGGAGGAGGAGCCAGCGGAAGCGGCGGAGCCUGUUUCUCCAAGACCAGGUGACCCAGAAUCCCCAGGGGCACAAGUGCGACCCCUCAGGUACAGACGACUCAACAGCCCUGAAUCUGAUCACCUGACUGGAGCAGACGGGAAGGCAGACGUGUAUGACAGGCGCUCCCGAGUGGACAUGCUGGGCUCUCCGUCUCGCCUGGUCUUCUCGUCUCAGCCGGCUCAGAUGUUCUCGGUGGACGGCGGUCACGAGGCUCACAGUAACGCCUUUAUCCGCUCGGUGCCACUAGCUGAGGAAGAGGACUUUGACAGCCGCGAGUGGGUGAUGAUCGACAAGGAGGCGGAGCUUCGCGACUUUCAGCCAACCACGUCGGGGACCACCGACGACGAACCGGAGGAGCUCCGCCCCCUGGAGGACCAUGAGGAAUUUAGGAGGAGGAGGGGGGACCGGGGCAACGAGGUUGUGGUUCGACCCAAAACACAGCGUGGAGCGAUGGCACUGGCUGCAGAGGUGGAGGAGGCGGGGCCAAGUCAACGCAGAAGGGAGUCAGAACCAUUUGGGCCACGUCGACAGGAGCCUCUGGAGGCAGAGUCAAAGGUAAAGAAAGUGGACUUCCUAUCCACGGUGCUGAUGUUUGACGCUCAGAAAGAAACUUCACGACAUUCAGGAAGUGAUGGAAGCCCAGAAGGUGCCGCCUCCACGCUGUUGGCCCCGCCUCCUCGUGACCAAGACCAGGAAGAAGCCUCCCGUACGUUGGUGCUCGUAUCCGCCGGUAACGGAGCCGUUUCCCCGGGUGAUGGUCAGGGCACGCUUGGGGCGGUAACGCCGCAGGCUCCCGACGAAUCAGAACGCGGAACUCUCGCAUUCAUGUUCAGGCCCGCUGCUAUGGCAACAGGUGCCGUGGCAACAGCCGGGCGCUCCUCAUCACCUCCACUGGCAAAGGUGGAGCGAACGUUCGUGCACAUCGCUGAGACGACACACCGUAUCGUCAUGACAACAGGGAAACAGUCAGAGAGACUUUGUGAGGAAGAGGAGGAAGUGGUGGAGGAGAGGAAAGAUAGAAGCAUGGGAGAAGAUAAAGGAAGCAGCAAGGAGGAGAUCAUCUGGGAAAGAGUAGAGAGACACAGAGAAAAUGGUGAAGAAAGGAAGGAAGUGGGGGAGGAAGUGGAGGAGAAGGAAAAAGUGGAAGAGAAGGAUAAAGUGACUUGGCAUUUGAGGAAGAAGAUGAUUGAGCUGAAGGAAAAGGAAGGAGGGAGUGAAAGCGAGGAGAGAGAAAAGGAUAAACAUACAGAAAAAGAAAAAAUCAGUCCUACAGUGGAGGCGGAGCCAGAGCCAUCAGCUGUGUCAGGUGACCAGCAAGAAGCUUCCUUCAUUGGCCGUGAAGAAAGCGUGGAGGUGGAGGAGCGAGAGGAACCUGAAGAGGUUCCAGAGGAUCAGGAACAGAAGCCUGAAGAAGCAGGUCCUGCUCUAGUCACUGACAUGGUGAAGGAGGAGGAGGAGCCAGACCAGGAAGUUACAUCACCACAGCCUCAUCCACGGAGGCGGAGUCGAAUCCCAGUGCUCAUUUCCGAAGAGGAAACCGGUUCGGACCGGUCGUCGCAAACCAGUCCGAACCAGCAGGUGCGUAAAUGCCGACGCCCACAACUGGCCCGACUCGUCCUGGAGCGCAAACGCUCCACCCAAUCGACGACCGCCUCCGAGGAUGACACCCACCAAUCAGACGACUCGGCCAGGGCGAGGGGAGGGGAAGGUUCAACGAGAAGCCGGAUCCCACGACCAGUCACACCCAUCAAGAAGCCAUCUGUCCAAUCAGGGAGCGGGGCGGUGCCUCAGACUCAGAGAUCCACCUCCUUCAUUCAGACCAGUUCUGUUAGCUCCAGCAUCAUUAAGUCAGCAAGUGCUCACUCAAGUAUCCAUCAGCAGAAGCCCCGCCCACAGCUCCGCCCCUCGAAAACCCUCCCUCCCCGUCCCCUGACUCCUGCCCCUACAGUCCACAGACCCUGGGCCCCGGGCCCCGCCCCCUCAUCUGCUACUCGGACACCUCAGCGUACUGCCUCCCGGCCCGGCCCUCCUCCCGCUCUCCGCAGUACUGGCUCCGCCCCUCGCAGUAACUCUGCCUCACGUACGGAGAGCCCCUCCCCACAGCGCUUCCGCCCUGCUGAGACACGCCCCCUUUCGACAACGCAGCCCAAAUCCACUGCCCUGGACUCCGCCCACAAAAAGGGCAAAGCUCACCCGAUGGCAGCGCAGAAAGGGAAACGAGAGUCAUGUGACCCGAAGUAUAAAAUCAGAUAAUUACUGUAAAUGUAAAUCCACAAGCAUUUCACCUUCUACUCCACCCCACUGACCCCCUCAUCACUGACCCUGACCUGAUGACCCCUCACACUCACCUCUACAGUUCCAUCCAAAAGUCUGAGUCCAGCUCUGACCACGCAUUCUUCACUUCCUUUUUGAUUUACACACAUCAUCAGAACGUAGCUUCACUGAAAUCCACACACACACACACACACACACACACUCAGAUCUCUGCACGUUUAAUCCAAAACCUCCGUCAGUAUUUACAUGAGGAAGCUGCUGGAGGUCAGAGUCCAGUUCUGCAGCUGGUCACUCUCAGAUUAUUAACAUCACCUGUGUGAAGGUCACACCUCUGAGCUAUGGCUGCAGGUGUUUAGUGACCAUGACAGCGUCUGCAGCAGCAACACACACACACACACACCUACAGUUAAAGCUGAACAAUUAACCUUUGUUCUGAUGACAAGUGCUCGAUCCUGCUCGAUCCAGAGCAGACAUUUUACAUUUCAUUCCUGUUUCUUUCUUUCUUUCUUUCUUUCUUUCUUUCUUUCUUUCUUUCUUUCUUUCUUUCUAUGGAGUUAAGACAGUUACUCGAGCACAACUUACUGAAGCCAUGAGACACUAAAUGGAGAUGAUGAAAUGGUUGUGUGUGUGUGUGUGUCAGAUGGUGGCACUGGACUUCACUCUGCUCCUCACUCGAACAAAAAACAUGCAAGAAACCUGUGCAAAAGUUCGGACUGGAGUAUAGCUGAGACAUGCCCUGUGUGUGUGUGUGUGUGUGUGUGUGUGUGUGUGAGACUCUCACCUGAGCUGCAGGAUGAUGUCAGUAAAACUGAUGCAGUGAGAUCGUGUUCAUGGACUCAGACUUUUAGACCUGACUGUGUGAUACACAUCUGUUUAACACACACAUAUUCAUCGUUCAGCUCUUUAAAUACCUCUGAACAGGAAACACACACACACAAACACACACACACACACACACACACACACACACACACAUACACGUACACACACACACACACAUAACAUGAUGUUCUGAUGGAGUUGGUUCUAUGGACAGUAUAACACACCUCACCUGCCUUAACAAAGCCUGCAGAGAGAUACCAUCUCACUACACACACACACACACACACACACACACACAAUGCUCCACACUGCUACAGUCCACACACUUCCAUGAAGAAUCACACACACCUGAGUGAGCUUCAUAAGGCUGGAGUUAUUAACUCACUGAAGUUGCACACACACACACACACACACACAGUCAGGAGUGUAAAUGUACAUGUUUAUGGAAUAUUUGAGGCUGAAGAGCAGCUAUCUAUACACUAAUAAUAAUAAUAAUAAUAAUAAUAAUAAUAAUAAUAAUAAUAAUUUCUGAAGCACAAAUUUGUAUGAAAUUAGUAAGAAGGAGGAGAUAUUUUUACUCUGCUGUUAAACCCAGCGCCUGAUAAGAGAAAUAAACCAGCACACUGACACUCGCUGUGAGAGGAACAUCUCAGAGCUUCUGUGGAUCAUUACAGCUCAUUAGAGCGCUCUGAGGAGAGCAGGAAACAUUCUGUUUAUUUAACUGAACUUUCUUUAUACAACAAAAUAAACAGAAUAAACCUGCAGACAACACUAAUGCUAAUUAUUAUUAUUAUUAUUAUUUAAUUAUUAUUAUUAUUAUCAUUAUUAUUAUUAUUUAAUUAUUAUUAUUAUUAUCAUUAUUAUUAUUUAUUUAUUUAAUUAUUAUUAUUAUUAUUAUUAUUAUUAUUAUUAUUGGAGCAGGGGUGGAGCUGCAGCUCUGUAAGAGUUUCAGCUCUCGAGUCACGACUUUAAUCUCAUUUAAAUGUUUUAUUCUCGUUUAUUUUUCUCUCUUUAUUCACUGAGAUAAAAUCUCCAACAGCAGAGAGACAAGUUUAUAAUUUAUAGCAAACUCUGAACUCUGGAGCAUCAGCUGAGAUCAAACCUCAUCAUCUCUUAUAGAAUUUCAUUCAAAAAAAUGUUUUAUUUUUAUUUCAUAAUUAUACACCGGUCAGCCAUAACACUCUGACCAGCUCCAGGUGAAGUGAAUAAGACUGAGUAUCUCCUCAUCAUGGCCCCUGUUAGUGGGUGGGAUAUAUUAGGCAGCAAGUGAACAUUUUGUCCUCAAAUUUGAUGUUAGAAGCAGGAAAAAUGGACAAGCGUAAGGAUUUGACCUUUGAGUUUGACCAAAAGGACCAAAUUGUGAUGGCUAGACCACUGGAUCAGAACAUCUCCAAAACUGCAGCUCUUGUGGGGUGUUCCCGGUCUGCAGUGGUCAGUAUCUAUCAAUAGUGGUCCAAGGAAGGAACAGUGGUGACCUGGAGACAGGGUCAUGGGCGGUCAAGACUCAUUGAUGCACGUGGGGAGAGAAGGCUGGACCGUGUGAUCCGAUCCAACAGACGAGCUACUGUUGAUCAAACUGCUGAAGAAGUUAAUGCUGGUUCUGCAGCGCUGCUUUAUAAGCAGUUCCUGCAGUGAUAAUGUGUGUGUUAUAAAGACCGAAUGUAGCAUGUGAACUCCUGAAUUAUUCCAUAAACAUGUAAUAUACACCUUAUAGAGCGUUUAUGUACACAUUAUAGAGUGUUUAUAUAAGCAUUAUAGAGCGUUUAUAUGAUAUAGAGAGUCUGAUCACUCAAACCAGCGCAAAGAGGGAAAAAUUACUGACCUUCAUCAUCAUCACUCAGUGUCUGUUACCUCAACCUGCAUUCAGGGAGAAUAACACACACACACACACAAAGACAUACUCUCUCUUUCACACACUCUCUCACAUGUACACAUACACUUACUGACACACACACACACACUGAUGCAAACACACAUACAAACACACACACACUGUCACACAUACACACACUGACGCACACAUACACACACACCCCCACACACUCUCCCACACACACGCACUCACUGACACACGCACUCUGAUACACACACACACUCUGGUCUGAGGCUGAUUUGGAACUUAUAUGCUAAAGCGGAGGCUUUAAAUCUUUGCCCUUCAUCCAGUGGAGUUGUAAACUUUUUUUCAGAGAGAAGUGAAGUUCCUCCGGUUCCAAACUGGACCAGAAUCAGAACAUCAUUAUUAUUGACCCUUUUAUCACAGGUUCCAAUAAUAUCCUGGAGUUAUAAUGAACACACUGCACAGAAGAGUGAUAAUGAUAAAAAUCUCACACCAUGCUUGUUUCUGAUGAUGAUGAUAAUAAGGGUGAUGAGGAGGAGGAUGAUGAUGAUGAUGAUGAUGAUGAAGAUAAUCACAGGACAGAUCUGCAGUGAGUCUCAGCACAUGGCUGCACUCCUUAAUUUCGACCCCUGAUCUAUUACUCAGUGCUGCCCUUAUAGUCUCCUUGAAGCCCUGCCCUUUAUCCACAAAGCUCUAUCUUAUUGGCCCACUUAUUAUAAUGCCCCCUCUGAUUGGUCGGUUGCCAUGUCCGCCUCCUCUCUCCUGGCAUGCCUUUGGAGAUGCUCGUUCUGCUCUUUCUAUAAUCAUCUGUUGAAAAUAUGUAGAUAAUACAAGCACUUUUCAAAACAAAUUUAUAUUUAUUUUUGUUUACGCGAGGAAGAAACGGAUGUAAUAUAACAAAACGACAAAUAGUCUUCAUUUUUGUCUGUUUUAGUUUUGUUUUAAAGUGCUCAUUAAACGUCAUUCAGAUAUCUGUGGUGAGCUUGAUACAGUGUGAAGAGCUGAAGCUGAAGUGUGAAGGUUUUCCCUGAAAGCUAAAAGCUAAAACUUCCUGCUGUGUGAUAUGAUGAUGAUGAUGAAGGUGCUUGUCUUUACUGAGGGAUUCGAUGCAGCACACAUGGUCUGAACAUCACAUUCCUUUGACAUUAUAUGAAAUCCUGAGAGCUUCUCAGUGGACGGUUCCUUGGGUUCUGCUGCAGGACAUUUGCAUGCUGUAGGACUUGACUGGAACACGGAGAAUAAUUCCGGAACGUUCCUGAUGGGAGAAGAGACGUUCUCACUCUAAAGAUCUCCACAGGAGGAGGGAAUCCUGCAUGCUCACCACCUUCAUCAUUAAACGCUUCUCUUCUUCCUCCUUUCUGAUGAGUUUCUGACCGUCAGCGAUGCCAAUCAAUAAACAGGAGCCACAGCAGUGUUCUGACGCUCACCUCGCCUCUGUUAACUCCUCUAAACACAAACAACACUGUCUAUGGGUGUGUAGUGAGUUCGGUUGUGAGGUAGAAGAGUUACUCAGUAAAAUGUCCAGAUGUUCCAGUGAUGUGGAUUAAAGCAGCUUCUCUACACUGCAGCCACAAAACAUUUGGAGCAUGUGGACCAGGUGUGCAAUGUCUUUAUUAUAGAAGACACUAAGCUCAAAUUCAACUUUUAUUGGUCACAUACAAAAUCAUACACAGUAC